CCCGGCUUGAGUCCGGUAGAUCGACUCGGUAGGGAGCAGACAGACUGACAGCAGGACCCGGUUGGACAGACAGACUGACAGAUUGACAGCGGAACGCGGCAGCAACAGGUCCUCCGCUCAGUACCCACUGCCACCCAGUCUGUUUCUCAAGAUGGCGGACGCGGAGCUGGUGAAGAAGAUGCUCCGGGAGGUCCUUCAGGCGAACCCGGCCGGGGUGUCCCUGUCCCGCCUGACGGCCCAGUACAAGGCCCUGACCCAGGAGCACAUACCCCACAGGCUGCUGGGCCAUGACCAGCUGGAGGGCCUGCUGGCCAGCAUGCCCUCUGUAGUGCGGACCGAGCGCCCCCGUGGAGGAGAGACGGCGUACUUUGCGGCGGCCAGCGGAGAGACCAAGGUGGCCAAGGUGGUGGCCCGACAGCGAAGCUCCAAGAGGACGGGCCCCGCCCACCUGGUCAACACCCAGAUGAGGGUGAAGCCUGCCGUGCCGCUCAUCCUCAACGCCAAGCCUCAGACGUCUCUCAGACAGCCAGAGCACCGCGGCCGAGGGGGGGGCAGAGGCCGGGGGGCGGGACAUGGAGACUUCAGACACGCGAGGGACGUGAGGGACAGCCAAUCGGAGGGCAAGCCUGGGCUGCAUCCAAAUAAGCCUCCCAACCAGAACUCGCCCAGCAAGAAGCCAACCACGCCCACGGAGAAGCUGGACAGGAGGAUGACCCUACCGUCCCGGUUCCAGAAGGAGCUCAAUGCUCACCUCUCCAGGAACCCUCAGCCACCCACCCCAUCCAGCCCCAACGAGGGCGGCCGUUUGAAGGCUGGAGGCACGCAGCAGGUCCAGGCCCACCUCAAGGAGAUCCUGGCCAAGUACAGCAACGGCUUCUGGGCCUCCAAGCUGCCCCACACCUACAAGGAGCUGUACCAGCAGGAGCUCCCCGCCGGAGUGCUCCAAGACCUGGAGGCCUGGACGCACAUCUGCACUGUAGAGAGACCCUGUAGCAGCAACCGGUCCGAGCUGCUCCUCUACCCCGCAAAGGAACCAAUUACCCCCACCCCACCACCCUCCUCCUCCUCCUCCUCCUCCCCCCCCCCCCGACACCAACCUCAACCCCAGUCCCACUCUCCCUCCCCUUCCCCUUCCCCCUCCCCAUCCACCUCCUCCCCCGGCCGGCCCGGCUCCCCCCCAGGCCUCACCCCCCAAGGCCUCACCCCUGAGCUGCGGCGGCGGCUGGAGGAGCUGCUGCAGAAGUACCCAAGCGGCCUGUGGACCCACGCACUUCCCAAGCUCUUCAAGGACACCUACAAGACCAAAUUGCCCGGACACAUCCUGGAAAACCUUGAGCUGCUCUCCACCUUCUGCACCAUCGACUACCCCAUGCCGGACAACCCAAAGCGGGCCAUCCUGUACCGGAGGAGCAGUGGAGGAGGGGGAGGAGGAGGAGGCCGUGAGGACCCCCGGCGUCAGGGCUCGGCACCAGGCGAGGAGCAGGAGGGGAAGCAGCGCGAGGAGCAGAGGGAGGCAGGGAGGUCUCGGCUGAGCGGCCAGGCCUCGCCUCCUCCUCCUCCUCCGCUCCUAAUCCCCCGGGAGGAGUACCCCUCGGUGCUGGUGGUGGAGGCCAGCAACACCAACACAGUGCUGCUCAGGUACAUCGGAGAAGGCUACUCCCUGGCCCAGGAGUCCAUGGAGGACGAGAUGAGGGAGUGUUACGGCUCCUCCUCCUCCUCAUGCUCCGCCCCCGCCGUGGGGCAGCUGGCCGCCGUGCUGGCCGAGGAGGAGGAGGAGGUGCUGCGGGCGCAGGUCUGCGAGGUCAUGGGAGACAAGGUCAAGGUCUUCUACGUAGAUCACGGCUUUUCGGAAGUGAUCAGUAAAACCAAAGUGUUUGAACUCCACAAGAAGUUCUCCAAGCUGCCUUUCCAGGCCACCAAGUGUCAGCUAGCGGGCCUGGAGCCCUUCAGCCAGGAGCCCCUGGUCCUCAAGACCUUUGAGGCCAUGGCCGGCGGCAAGAUCCUAUUGGCCGAGAUCCUGGAGCGAGGCCCCGUGCCGCUGAUCGUCCUGUACGACACGUCUCAGGACGACGACGUCAACAUCAACGCCGCCUGUCUCAAGGCUCUGCGGGACAAGACACUGGCCAGCCCCUUACAGGGGAACAAGGUUUACACGAACGUGGUGGUGAGCAGCGUGUGUUCGGACGGGACCCUCUACUGCCAGCCGCCCUCCAGGGGCCUGACCCUGCUCACUGAGACUCUGGAGCGCACCGAGGCCUACCUGCACUCACAGGUGACCUCGGACUUCCUGGUCUCCAGGCCCUUCUGUGGGAAGCGCUGCCUGGCACGCUACAAAGGAAAGUGGUCCCGCGUGGAGAUCACCAACCUGCACGGCAGCCGCGUGCUGGACCUGCUCUUCGUGGACCUGGGGGUGCAGGCGUCCGUGGAGGUCUUCGAGCUCCGAGAGAUCCCACCGCAGUUCCUUCGAGACCUCACUACCAUCCCACCACAGGCCGUACGUUGCCGUCUGGCGGAGCUGGACCUGGGUCUGGGGGCCUGGAGCCCUGAGGCCGUCCAGUGGCUCCGAGAGAGGGCUCUCAGCUCCCCGAGCUGCUCCAUCAAGGUGGCCAAGGUGGAUGGCGCCAAGCGCUGCGUUCACGUGCACCUCUUCACCGACAAGAGCUCCACUGAUAACGAGCACAGCCUGAACCGCCAGAUGCUGCAGUCGCAGCUGUUUAGGCAGCAGCCGGACGCCUACCUCACCAGCCACAGGUCUCUAAAGGGCAACGUGAAGGCACCUUCCCCCCCGGCAUCCUCGACCACCAAGGGCAGCGUGGAGGCCACCAACGGGAGCCCCGGGCCCCCCGCCCAGCCCCCGCUGAGGAGGACUUUAUCUGGGCUGGGCUCCAGAGGAAGAGGAGGGGACGGAGGAGGCGGAGGAGGAGGGGGGAUGAGCCCCCUUGGUACUGGCUCUCCGACUCCUCUCCAGCUGCCCCCACUGUUGGAGCUCCCCCCAGUGGGCAGCAACAUGGACGCCUACGUGUCGGUGGCCUGCCACCCGGGCCACUUUGUGCUGCAGCCCUGGGGGGAGCUGUACAAGCUGGUGGCCCUGAUGGGGGAGAUGAUCCUGCACUACAACCAGACGGAGGACCCCCCCAUGCAGGUGGAGAAGCACCACAUCUAUGCCGCCAAGGUGGAGAACAACUGGCACCGGGUGCUGGUGAAGAGCGUGCUGACCAAUGGCCUAGUGUCCGUGUACGAGCUGGACUAUGGCCGCCAUGAACUGGUGGGCCGCGCCCUUUUGCGGACCCUCACCCCGGAGUUCAGACGCCUCCCCUUCCAGGGGGUCACCGCCCAGCUCGCGGGCGUGCGGCCCCGGCAGUGGUCGGAGGAGGCCUCCAUCGUGUUCAGGAACCACGUGGAGAAGCGGCCCCUGGUGGCCCAGCUGGAGUCAGUGACGGAGGCAGCGUGCGCCUGGGACCGGAGGCUCAGCGUGUACCUGGUGGACACGUCGCGGGAGGAGAGCGACGUCUGGGUGCAUGACAUUAUGACGGAGGUGGCCGAGGACCUGGCCAGCGCGCCGUGAGGAGGCUGCGGGCGCGGCCGGAGAGCCACCGCCGGGCCCCGUGUCCCCCACUGGUUUGUGUGCUGCUUGUUUUGAUCCUUAAAAGAAGAGAUGGAAGUCUGAGCUGCUUCUUGUGCACCGCUGAACAUGGACGAAAGGAAGCAGGGGUUUUUAUGGGCGGGGUAUGGUUGUGUUAAGUGGAAGGGAGCUAUGGCUGAAGGUGAUGAGGUCCUCCCUGCUUUCUAGUUGUGUUCUGGGCUGUGCGCCGCUUAUCUUGUCAUUGUUGAUACGAAACACAUGCUUUGCUUUGCACAUUUAUCCACUUGACGUGGACCACACAGCGAGACCUCUGCUAGAUGAGGCUUCUAUUCCAAAAGCUGACUUAGGUUGGUGCAUCCAUGUAAUGUGUUGGCUGUCAUGCUGGUGGGGGUUGACUAGGACUCAGCCACCCUUUGAGCCUGUGGGAGAGAGGGGUUCCCCACUGCUGGGACCACUGUGGACUCCAGACAACGCCGGACCAAAUGCAGGACAUAGCGAGAAGGGUAUUCUGGGCUAAAGAAUAAAGCGACAAAGAGGUGCCUCUGAGAUAUUGAGUGAUUCCGUUUACAGACAUCUCACCGGCCAGGAAGAUGGAGACAUGAUUGUAAACCACUUUCAGCCUUUCUCCACUAUUGCAAACCAGUCCUGUUCUGCCCGCUUUGUUUACCUGGUUGAAUAUGAACGCAUUCAUUUAUCUAACUAGAAAGAAGAUAUUUCCGCGUGUUUGAAUGUGUUGGAUGGACGUUAAUGACGAGUUGAGGGUUUUAAAAUGGCCGUUGGACACAAUGUCAGUUGUGGAGUUUUACGGAUUGGAGCUUAUGUCCGUAGUUUUGCUUUGGUGUAGAUUAGAAGAUGAGAUAACAUUUAGUUUAUGUUUUACCCUUUAAUAUACAUUGUAGUUUGUUAAGCAAAUGCAUGAUGAACAAUUGGAUACACAGUCAAUUCAAGGUAAAUUGCAAAAUCAAUAUUAGUUGUUUUUAAGUGACCAGGAUGUGCAAAGAAAAUCUCCUUGUUUUGUAAAAGAAAAUGAAAAGAAUAUGCUGUGUUAGGGUUAAAAAAAACCCUAUUUGCUGUGAAUGUGUGUUGAAGCCCAUUUCCACACUUUGUAUCUAUAUUGCCACUAUAUUUACCUCCUUUUCUCUUUCAACACUAAGGCCAAUUCGGCAUCCACUUUGUAUUUCUCUCAAAUUACUUAACUGUCUCUCCAAAUGAUGUGAAUUACUUCGUUACUGUAUAAGCUGGAGUCUUAAGACUCAAGACUCACAAAUUAUGCUUAGGAAUGCUCUAUGGAACAAUUUUGAAAGCAGAAUUGGCACAUAUAACUUAAUAGUAAAUAUAUUGUGUUACAGAUAGUUUUACUAUUAGAAAUUAAUAAUAUAUGAAUACGUUUGACGAUUCGGUUUGUUCCUACAACUCUUAACACGUUAAACCUUUUGCAAACGUGUUGUCACACGAAAGCAUGCGUGAAUAAAUGAGUAUAAUUGUGUUAUUUCCCCCCCGGCUUGAUAACUGCAAAUGUUUGUCAUUCUUUAAAACGACAGUCCUCGACAAAGCUGCUUUAAGCUGCAUUAUGGUUAGUAAAUUAUGAGAUUAUAGUGACAUGAGUUUGAAUUGCUGUGUUCAUUUAUUCUCUGAAUAAAAGCCCAUUAUUUAAUGGUU